AUGAAGUUCUUCACCUCCCUCACUGCUCUUUUCGUCCUCGCCCACACCGCCGUGGCCCUCGUUGUCCCCACUGCCGUCACUGACACCAGCAUCGUCGACUUCAACUCCACGCUCGAGGCUGAUGGCACUCUCGAAGAGAGACAAUUCAACGCCUUUGUCGUCUGCGAAACCACCAGCGGUUCCCCCUACACCGCAGACGUCCUCCGUGCCGCCAACACCCUCGCGAACAAAGCCGCUAUCUGCAAGCAGACCAACGGGUCCGGAUCCAAGUGCACCCAAAUGACCGACCACAAAAGCGCAGCAAUGGGGAUCUGUGGACCUGUUGCGUCUCAGGUCCACUGCAAAACUGCCGGAAAGGUUGGCCGCGCUGUUGCUGAACAGUGCAAUGUCAACGGCUUGGCUGGUGGAUAUGGGCAGUACGAGUGGGGCAGAAUUGUCGUCUAUGUUCCUUAA